AUGGGCGGAUGGGCACUUAAUUAUCAUCAGGGGGACCCUUUCUGGAAAUCGACAAUCCCGCUGGCACCACAACGUCAGAUGGCGGCAACGAGCCUCCGUGGCGAUGAAACCGAUUACCUGAGAACUGGGGAUGGAGUCAUCGGCCCGGGGAUACGAGUAGAAGGCCGCACCAGGGCAUCGUCUGCAGGAGUACGAAUUAGAAAUGGAGCACGAGUUAGAAUCACCGUGGCAGAUCACGGGUUUGAAGAUUGCACGAGUAUCUACCACCCUGACGGCGACGGCGGCGAUCCAAUAGCCAGUAUACACGAGAGGUUUCCAGAUCACGACUGGGCGCUCGCGCAGCUUCAUCCAUCCAUUAGCUUCAGCAACUCGCGGGUUUUCGAGUGCCCAGAACCAACACGAUUGCUCAGAGGCCGCGAAGUCUCGACGCACGAAUGGUUCGUAUGUGACGGGAUGACAACGGGCAAAAUUGCAAUGAAGUAUUCGGGGGAUAGAUUUGUAGCAGGGAAGUCGUCGAAUGAUGUAAUAGUCGACGUUUCAGCACUUCCGCCAGCAAGUGUAUACUUUGGGCUAGCACCUACAGGCGGGGCCCCAGAACUGAGAGAUGGGAUUUGUGGAGCGCCAAUUAUCCAUGAGCAGACUGGCGGCGUCGCUGGAUUUUUCCAGUUUGUUAACGAGGCAGGGUGGUGCUUUGUGCCUCAGCUUGAUACACUAAUUGAAGAUGGAUGGGAUUUGUAUUAG